GCGGCCUACCUCUACUUCUUACCUAUGGACUCUAAUUUGGUAUCACGUUUUAAGAUCCAGAAACCCUCUUCUUACAAUAAGGACUCAUCCAAGAACAGAUACUCAUGCACAAAAUGCCGGCAGUUGAAGAAAAAAUGUACCAAGGAGAUUUCGGGGUGCUACAACUGCCUGCGGUACUCAAGACAGUGCACCUACCUUGACAGAAAAGCCUCAAUUCCCAAACCGGUACCAACUGAACCGUCUGCUCUCCUUGAUGAAACUGCUGCAUACCACGAGAAGCCCUUUCUCGUACCGUCGCCUUCAUCGCUGCCUAGUGCCUCCGAACUGCACCUUUUGCUCCAGUCUCUAGGGUUUUCUCAGUGGGUGCUCAACAAAACUGACACAGUCGUAUGUCCGCCCAUCACCAAAGAACUAGCGCUGAAAUUCGUGGAGGCGUACUUCAAGCAUAACCACAGGUCGUAUCCUUUCAUCUGCCAAUCAGCUUUCAUCCAGGAGUUCAGCAAGUUGGAAUCUUUGGAAGAUUCUGUCACCAACUACUUCGGGUUUGAGAUCUUCAUGAUCAUGGCCAUAGGAUGCACCACGCUCUCGAGAGUCGGACUACUCCGACAGGAAGAUAUCUACAGCAAGUUUUUUUCUAGCCAGUGUGUGAAGUUUUUGUCACAAGGUAUCACUUUCACAUCGGUUGAGACCAUCAAAAUGCUUCUACUUCUUUGUAUAUAUUCGUUUUUUGAACCCCAAGGACUUCAGACCUGGAAUUUGUUCGGACAAGUCGCUCGGGCGACCAUCUCGUCUGGCCUCAAUAAGGGCGUCAAGGGUGGUGGCUUGGAUAAUGAAAUGAAAAACCGGUUGUUUUGGAGUAUCCACAAUAUGGACAGGCUUUUGUCCAUAAGUCUCGGAAGACCACUUACUAUCGAUGAAUAUGACAUCGAUGUGCCAGUUCCCGCCAAAUUAGACGACGAGGAGAACUUCACCUACAAAACCAUCGUGGCCAUUAUCAAUCUCCGGCAGAUUGAAGGGUUAAUUAUCAAGAAACUAUACUCCAUACGAGCGAGGGACAUUUACCAACAAAAGGAGAUCACCCAGAUCAACGACCAGCUUGACCAGUGGCUUAAGCUACGGCCCAACAGGCCUGAAAACUUGAAGUUUUUCUCGUUCCACGGAUCCGAUGUCUGGUACUUGGCUCGAUAUUACCACAAUCUUAUGCUCUUAUACCGGCCCAGCUAUUUGGUACCGAGGCCAACCAUCACUGAGUUAAACCUGUUGGGGGAUUACUGUCUCCAGAGUCUUUCUUACACACAUAAGCUUUUCGAGGCGAAACUUCUCCCGUUAAACUGGAUCACUUUGUACAGGUUCUUGACGGUGUGCUCCAGUGUGCUCUAUUGUCUUUGCAAUUGGAGCAUUGACCUCAACGAGUCGAAGGCUGAAAUCUAUUUUUUGGUGGAGAUUCUUGAUGCCUUCAGUGCCAACUGGGUGUUUGCGUCCAAAUGCUCGAAGGUGGUUAAAAAUAUUGUUGACAACAUAUUGGAGGUGUCAUUGACUGCUAGUGGAGAUGAGUUUUCGAAUGUGAAGUUGCUUUCGAGUGAGUUAUUGGGAGCCAGCAGCGCCUACCACGAGAUCUUGAGUGACAACUCCAUUGACAUUUCGUUUCCCAGUUAUUUAUAUGACGAGCUUAUACCCUGACUGUUAUUUAAUAGUCUAGGUGCGUUUGACAAUCAUUCAGUUGUUGAUGUAAUUUUGGCAGUAAUUGAAACAGUAGUUGCAAUUACUAUUUUUCAAUUCAAUAGAUGCUUGGUCCCAUUUCGACAGACCAUACUAAAUCACGCAAAUACAAACGACUUCCGCUUAGCUACACUUUAUCUAAACCGCUCCCG